GGCAGCAAGACUCUUUGUUUCAAAAACACAAAUAUACUGUUUAGUUAUAUUUGGCCUUAGUUUGAUAUUUUUAAUGAUCUAGUUAAGUAAUCAAUUAUUUGUUUUAUUUUAAAUCGUUUCAAAAUAUUAAUUUGAAAUGUCUUCUAGAAUGUUUGUUUUACCGAAAGCAUUCUCUGCAAUUCAGAGAGUGAAUACAGAUGAAUUGUCUUUAUUAACAGAGACAGAACUAAGACCACUCUUGCCAUGUUUAGUACGUAUGGCUCUAUGUGCACCUUUGGAUAAAACUGUCGAUUGGGCUCAAAAGCGGAAAGUAAUUCUUCAACUUCUAUCGGGCAUCGAAGUUGUCAAUUCACUUGUCGCUCUCUUGUCCAUAGACUUCCAUGCUUUAGAAGUCGAUGUGCGAAAAGAACAACAAAGGUGUAGAACAAUACCAAUUGUUGGAGAAAGUGCAUUGAUUCCUACUUUAACAAAUGGUUUAGCAUUAGAAUUUGAACGGAGUGAUGCAGCUAGAAGAUUGAGACUUUUACUUAAUGAGCUGCUGAUAAUAAUGGCUCAGGUUAAAGAUGGUGGUCUUGACGUUGUGCACAGUUCAGAGCUCUUUGAAAGUGUAGUUUAUUUAGAUGAAAUUGGGGAUGUUUUAUGUAUUGCUCAAGCUGAGUUGCCUGGAUUGCUUUACAUACCAGAUAUUGCUGAAGCACUUUUAUAUGUGCCUAAUGGAAUUUAUAUGCUGUGCCGAUUAGUUGCUAAUUCUCCUGAUAGCUUCCAAGAAGUUUGUGCUACACUAAUUAGUAAUGGAGAUAAACAUGAUGAAGAUGCACCUUUAGGAAAAAUUCGCAUUAAAGCAUUAAGAGUUUUGUGUCAAAUGAAUAUGGCUGAAAUUCUUUCAGUUCGUAGAAAAGCUGUGGAACUUUGUCAUAUGCCAGGACUGACUAUUAUUCUGACCUUAGAUUAUUGUCGAGUUGAAGAAGAAAAAAAUGCAAAUCACAAUUCUAUUGUUGGAGAUCUUGUAGCUUUUAUAAGUGGAUUACUUCUGGGAAGUGAUGAUAAAAUUAGAAACUGGUUUGGACAAUACUUUAGAAAUUGUCAAAAAAAACCUGAAGGAGAUGGAAAUCCUACUCACCUUCUAAGAGAAGAACUUCUUCAGAGGCUUAAAAACUUGGUCCUUUUUAGUAUUGAUCAUCAUAAUUUACCUGAUGCCAAAGUUGUUCAAGCAAGUUCUUUGUUACGCUUAUACUGUGCUCUUAGGGGCAUUGGUGGCUUAAGGUUUGUGGAAGAAGAAAUCAAUUUGCUGCUUCAGCUUCUUACAUCACAUCCUCCUCCCAGUCCUGCUGGAAUUAGAUUUGUGUCUCUUGGCCUCUGUAUGCUUUUAGCUUGUCCUUCAUUACUUACUACUACUGACCAAGAGAAAAGAGCUAUUGACUGGAUUCAAUGGCUUUUAAAAGAAGAGAGUCAUUUCGGAAGUACCAGUGGGGUGAAUGCUUCCUUUGGGGAGAUGCUACUUUUGAUUGCUAUUCACUUCCAUAGUAAUCAGAUGAGUUCCAUAACAGAGUUAGUGUAUUCUACUCUUGGCAUGAGGAUUCCUAUUCGUUCCAAUAAUCUUGCCAGAAUGAAAACCAUUUUCACUCAAGAAAUAUUUACUGAUCAGGUCGUUACUGCACAUGCUGUCAAAGUUCCAGUGACUAAAAACUUAAGCAGAAAUGUAACUGGAUUUUUGCCUGUACAUUGUAUUCAUCAACUUCUAAAAAGUAGAGCAUUUACGAAAUAUAAAGUACCAAUUAAAGAUUGGAUAUAUAAACAGAUUUGUUGUACCAUCCCCCCUCUCCACCCAGUUUUACCAGGCCUUAUUGAAGUCUAUGUAAAUUCAGUGCUUACUCCAAGCUCAAAAGGUUCUGUUGAUACCACCAAUGAACCUAUAACCGAGGAGGAAAUUUUAACUGUUUUCUCUAAGUCAGUAUUUAUGUGUCAGGAUCAGGCCAAAACAAUUUCUCAUACAUCAAAAUCCAUGUUGCAAGAAUUAAAUAAGAGUUCCCUUACAUCCCAACUUCUGUUGCUCUAUUAUCUCCUUCUAUAUGAAGAUACAAGGCUGUCCAACAUGAAAUCAAUUUUGGCCAGCGACCGAAAAGUGAAGCGGUAUUCGCCACAGUUUAUUGCCAAAAUCCCUAUAUUUUAUCUCAUACAAAGAGCUCAAAAAGAUCAACAGGAAUUUGCUGGUUUAUUUUCUCCAUUGCUCCGCUUAUUAACCACCCAUUAUCCUCAUUUGUGUCUUGUACAGUCAUGGCUUACUGAUGAAGAAGAUAUUGAUUUUACAUUAAAGAAUAGUAGCGUCAAACUUCUCAAAUGGCCAGAAGGAGGCUUUAGCAAGGAUAGUCUUGAUAAAGCUUUUGAGCAAGUAGACAGUUGUCCUUUCCAAUUGCUUUCACAUUUGAAUCACCUCCUUGCACUUCCAGUUCAGCAACUGUGGCCUUAUGCUUCAAAGUUUGUUACCUAUCUGCCUAAACUACUUGACCAUACUGACUGUUUACAAAUUCUCAUUAAAGCAAAAAAAGUAUGGUGGAAAUUAAACUCAAUUUUCCCUCGUAAUUUGUGGGUCAUCACUGUAAAUGCUUUUCCUCAGAAAGCAUUUAAAACUGCCAAGAAACUGACUCUAGACGAUAUUAUCCUAGACCCUCUCCAUGUUUUAAGGUGUGAUAAAAGAAUAUUUAGAUGUCCUCCUUUCAUGGAAAUAGUGCUGCAUAUGCUCCAGGCUUUUCUUGCAGCUUCAAGAACUCACCUUUAUCAUCACACAUUGGAACAGCCUAUGUUAGAAAAAACUGGACUUCUUGAAAAUGAGAAAGAUAGAGAUGAUCUCAGGACAGCACUUGUUGCAGCUCAGGAAAGCGCAGCAGUUCAAAUAUUGCUGGAAUGCUGUUUACCAACUGAAGCAGAUAAGAAAGCAGUUGGAUUGCUAACUAAUUUAAGGGAAAUUCAAAGUCUCAUAUGUUCCCAUCUUCAUCAAGUAUUUAUAUCUGAACCCAGUUUGGCUAAAUUAGUGCAUUUUCAGACAUAUCCAAGUGAAUUACUACCAGUGGUAGUCUCAUCCGUGCCAUCUCUACAUAUUUGUCUCGAUUUUUUACCUGAACUUUUAAGUCAAGCAGACUUAGACAAGCAGGUUUUUGCUAUUGAGUUGGCCUCACAUUUGUGUUCUCAGUAUGCAAUAGCUAAAUCUCUCAGUGUUGCAAAAUUAUGCAUAAAUGUUUGUUAUACUCUUCUGGGAGUACUUCCUAGUUCUCAACAUCGUAAAUUGUUUCUGCCAACUUUGCCUGCACUUGUUCGAAUGUGUGAAGCCUUUCCACCUCUGUGUGAGGAUGUUGCAUUUUUGCUUUGUCAGUUAGCAAGAGUAUGUUUGUCUAGGACCUGUGCUACUUCAAGUGUUCCUCCAACUACCGCAGAUUUAUUGCUCCCCGUGGAAGAAGUCAAACCAAUUGUAGAUUAUAUAAAACUAGAAAGUGUAAUUCAUGAACUAAACUCAGACAAUGACUUGUGUUUUGCCAUCCAGAAAGCUUUUGUUGAUCUGUGCUACACAUUAACUCUUGACCGGACAUUAUAUUAAUGUCUAUUAUAUUAAUGUAAAUUGCAUGUAAAUAAUUCAUAUUGUAUCGGUGUUUGUUUUUUCACAAUAAAUUUUUCUCAUAUAAGUAA